AUGAAUCAACAACUACAUAAUGAUCUUGAUCAGCAACAACAAAACUUUCAUAAUGAAAUGUGGAGAAGGAGGUUAGCAGCAGGACACAACAUCAAUGGCAUUAACAACAACAACGGUGGUGGUUUCAUAAACAAUAUAACAAGACGUGUUGGAGACUUGCUACCAUCUAAAGACUCUUCAUUUUCAAUCUUUGCAUUCAUGGUUGCUCUGUUUUGGUUUAUCUUUUAUCUAGCAGACGUUCAAACCAAUAUCAAUGUCUAUCAACACUAUGUCAUUGGUACUUGUUACUUUCAAAGGUUCCAUAAUAUUGAAUGGACACAAAGUGAAGAAUCUUAUACAUUUCAUGGUAUUGUAGAGGUACUUGUAAAUACAAACAAAAAUACAAAAUUAGAAUUAAAUGAAUUAUAUCCAUCUGUAAUAAUCAUGUCAAGUCAACAACAAUCUUUAAUAGAAUCAAAUAAUCAAAAUAAUCAACAAAAUAAUCAACAAAAUAAUAGGAAAUAUUUAUAUUUACCAUUUAGAACCAAUUUAUCAAUUGAACAACCAGUUGAAGAGAUUAGUUAUUUAUCAAAACAUCCACCUGUAGAAGUUGCAAAUGAUGCGGGGCCGUUUAGUCAUCCCCAUAAAUGCUUCUUUCAUCCAUUGAGCAAAGAGGUGGCUAGUGAACGAUCGGUACUUCCUCUUGUCAGUGUUGGAUUGUUGGCCAUAUGUUCAGUGGCAGUGGUGAUACUCAUGUUCUUACCAUCACUUCGAUUAAAGUUUGAUCAACAGGUGCCGUUAAUACUGUUUUUCUAUGCUAUUGUGCAAUUGGCCACUCUCAACAUUGGUGGUUCUAUCGAUUACACAAUCAAAGAUCUAUUGGGUGCAGUCAUCACUCGAGUGGUUGUCAUCAUUGUAGGUGACGUCCUUUACGAAUAUCUAAGUUUUAAUACUUCAUCAAGAUUCCAUUAUUAA